AUGGCGAUAAAAUUGUGUUGCUUUCCCAAGGAUCCACUGGGGGAUGUUGAGACUUGGAGUGAGUCCGUGGACAAAGUCCUCAGUUGUAAAGCCGGACAGAUAGCUUUCCGGGAGUUUCUGAAGUCCGAGUACAGUGAGGAGAACAUACUGUUUUGGCUCGCCUGUGAGGAGUAUAAAAAAAUCAAGACGGUGCCAGAGAUGAUCUCUUCUGCCAACAGGAUCUACUCAGAGUUUGUCCAAACAGAAGCGCCCAGACAGAUCAACAUAGAUUGUGGUACCAGAGAAAACAUAACAAAGAACAUCUCCCAGCCCUCCCUGGCUUCGUUUGAUUCAGCACAGAAGCUCAUCUACAGUCUGAUGGCCAGGGAUUGCUACCCACGCUUCCUAAAAUCUGACAUCUAUCAGGGACUCCUGAGGAGAACUGAUUCAAGGUGA